AUGAAAAGACGACGCACAGACCGAGACAGCGACAAAUUUGAACAAAUCGGUGGAUCUGGCAGCAGCUUGCUGUCUGUGGACAAAUCUGAUCCAGCUCCACCCACACUUCAAAGUCAGCCUACCCACGUCUCUGGCGAGGCAAAUCGCGUGGUCUCCCUGCCACCCGUCGACGCGGCCGAAUCCGAACCUCCGUCUAAGAAGCGCAGGCUCGAAGAUGCCGAUAUAGGGAUGGGGUCUCUCGCUGAGCUUGUGCUCAUAUAUGACUCUGCUGCCGCGAGCGAGGACGCGGAGGAACUGCACCGUCGCGUUGCAGCCAUAUCACCAGCCUCACGGGUCGUGACCAAGUACCUCAAAAGAUCGCGCCGGGUGGCCUCUUGUAUUGGACCGUGGCCCGCGGAGCUGGUGUGGCGCCACGCAAUUGAGGAUGGCAGUCACUUUCUGCGCGCCGCCGAACAGGAAAUGGGCUUGGGCGCGCUUAAGGACUUGACGCAACUUAUACGAGACUGGGAGUUCCAUGAACCCGACUUGGUUCCCAGCUCUCAAGGGUUCAACGUGACGCCCAAGUUUCAGCGACUAGUUGAAAUUCUCAAGGCGAGUAGGAGCGAAGCGUUCCGGGGUAUCAUCAUCGUCAAGAGGAAAGCAGUGGCACUUGCAAUCGCUGAAGCCAUUCCCAUGCUCGGUCGGCAUUUGAGUUUCGUCCGGCCUUCAACCCUCGAGACACUCGAUAAAUUUGCGUCGGGAACGUACAAUCUCCUGAUCUUAACGCCAUCUGCGACCGAGCUCGAUAUACCCAAAGCAACGACAGUGAUUCGUUUCGAUCUCCUCGAAGGGGACCUUGCGUAUGGCCUGUCUGUUGAUCUCGUAGGAGGAUCGGAGAGUCACCUGAUCCAUAUGCUCGAACAUGGCAACGACAAACACAGACGCAUCCUUCUGGAGAGCUCUACGCGUCUUCGAGAGAUGAGUGCUUGGUAUCAGACCCUCCACUCAGCCGCUGUCGGGACUGCAUCUCCGUUUCCUCUACUGUCAGCGUCCGAUGCGGAGCAGUCGGAGAGCGAAGACGACGAAGAGCUUGCUCCAUAUAUCCAGGAUCCUGUCACUGGAGGGCGGAUCUACCCUUCCGAUGCGGUCAGCGUUGUCUAUCAGGUGGCGACCGCGGCCGGGAUCACCCAUCCGACUCCGCUGUUCCAAUCCAAACCCGACGCGUCAUUGCAAUACACCUGUACUGUUGUUCUUCCAGGUAUACCGAUCCUCAGCUCGAGCCAGUCGCACCCUUCGAUGGCCCAUGCCCGACGCGAGGCCUGUUAUCAAUUCUGCGUCAAAAUGUUCGAGGCUGCUGUGCUCGAUUCCGAGUUCUUUCUCGCUCAUCCGAUCCCGCGGGAGGCCCAUCCAGCAGAGCGCUCCGAUGAUCGAACGGGCUUAUAUCCCAUCAAGGCCCCGGACUUCUGGGCAGCGCCUGCCUCGCUUUCGCUGUGGUAUCCAACGGCAAUUGUGCCCGUCGAGCUUCCGCGCCACGCACCCAUCCUGCUCAUAACGCGACAUCCCCUGCCAAAAUUGCCUCGCUUCAGACUGUUCAUUUCGGGUCCUCCAGCGGCGGUUGAGACGGUGAAAUGCGCACCGCUUGGGCUGGAUGCGGAAAAGAUCAAUGAGCUGUACUUGUACACUUUGCGUGUGCUCCGGGCGCUCAUGAACAAAGGCCUUGCCUGCGCCUUGGAGGACAUGCCCUACUUGCUUGCUCCUCUCCACAACCCCCCAAUUGCUGAUCAUAAGCGAUGGCAGCCUCCGGACAUUUCAGGAUCGAUUCCUUGGGAGCUGGUGUCCCUGGCUGCUGCUGCUUGGUCUGUACCUCUGAAAUAUGGCAAUGCUGAGGUCGUCGGGAAUGAUGUUGCUGAUGCCAUCAUCCAAGACAGAUCUACGGAACUGACUCGACGGUACGAGAUUCGUCAGGUCCGGGGUGAUCUUUCGCCGCACAGCUCCCCAGAGGACGGACCAAAAGCAACUCUGCUGGAGUUUUGCAAGUCUUCGCGCAAAGAAUUCGCAGGUCUGAAGGACGAAAACCAAGCGAUCAUUGAAGUGGAUUCGGUCGUCAGCGGAAUGUCCUACCUGAGUCCGGUGCCUGCUGCGGUGCCGGCUGACAACUAUCCUCACUACCUUAUCCCCGAACUGUGCCAUAAGUUCACUGUGCCUGCUAGCACAUUCCGCACGAUGCUUCUCUUUCCAUCCAUCUCCAAGCUUAUUGAUGGAUUCUUGCUCACGAAAGAGCUCAACUCUCGCUUUUUCCGCUGCAAGCUCUCCGACAGCUUGCUUCAUACGGCGGUCACUGCACCGUCUGUGAGAUUGGAAUAUGAUUAUGACAGACUGGAGUUUCUUGGCGACAGCUUCCUCAAACUCCUGGCUUCGGUCCACGCUUACGUAUUCGCCAAUUCUGCCAAGGAGGGAGGGCUGCAUCUCACGCGCCAGAGCCUGGUCAGCAACCACGCGCUCAAUGAGCAUUUCGCGAGUGCGGGGCUUGUGCCGUACAUCCAGUCGCUCCCCUUCGCGUUCAAGGCGUGGCUGCCGCCCCAUUUUCAUAUUUCCGGCCAGACGCCGAAGAAAGUGACUGGGCGGCGACUGGGGGACAAGGUCAUUGCGGAUGUGAGCGAGGCGAUUCUAGGCGCAGCGUUUCUUUCUGGUGGGAACGACGCCGGGAUAAUGGCAGCGCAGGCGAUGAACAUCCUCCCCCUCGACGUCGCGCAGUGGUCUGACUUUGGCCGGAAAGUGCUGGUCCCUCCCUCGACGAUCUCAGCAAAGAUCUCUCGCGAUACGAUACAGGCGAUUGAGGGGAUUGUGAACCACAAAUUCAGAUAUCCAUAUCUUCUCGCUCAAGCUUUGACGCAUGGUUCCAUCUCUGGACCUGGCCGAGUGUCAAGCGAACGGCUCGAGUUUCUGGGCGACGCUGUGCUCGACUUUUUGGUGACACGUCUGCUCUUCGAUCGCCAUCCAACGCUCGGGCCUGGUAGCCUGACCGUGUUGAAGGCUGCGAUGGUGUCAAACUCGACGCUAGCAGCAAUCGCGGUCACGUGUGGCUUGUCGAACCAUCUGCUUCUGGCAGACCCACUCGCCGACAGCACGACCAGAUACAUUAACCAGCUGAAACAGAAAGAGGCCGAGGAAUACGAACUGGCGGCACAAGAAAAGCGGCAGCCGGGGCAGUAUUGGGCGUUCUCUGAUGUGAUUGAAUCCAUCCUCGGGGCUGUGUACAUUUCCGACGACUUUUCGAGCGAAGGCGUCGAGGCGUUCUUCGCUGCCGUCUUGAAGCCGUUCUAUGACAAGCAUAUCACGCUCAACACGCUGCCUAAGCAUCCCAUGGAGACCCUCGCGGAUAUCGUCCGCGCGCAAAAGUGCCUUGAUCUCGAGAUGCGAGUCCCGGCGGAGGGACAGUGCGAAAUCAUGAUCCACAGCGUCGUACUGGGCAGUGGAAGCGCAGGCCGCACGUCUGUGGCGACGCGGAAUGCGUGCUGUGAGGCGAUCAGUGCGCUGGAGAAGGACCCGGAUUACAUCCGCCGCGUGUGCAAUUGCCUGCGGCAAGCCGACACCAAGGAAGCGCGGAGGAAGUUGGACGAGCUGCUGGCCACGGUGGUGAGGGGGAAGCAGUCGUAG